ACCAGGCAAAUCCUCCAAAACGCCACCAUCCACCUCCUCUGUUUCAAGCGUCGUCGGUGGUGAACGGUGGGAUCACUGGGGGAAAAGAACGCCACUGUUAUUUAAUGGCCCAUAAAUUGAGAGGCGAAAUAGUAGGCUGAAAAACGGCGGUCCUUGGAGAGGAUUAUAGUCCUUCGCUGGAAGAGAGAAGGACGCCUUGUCAGUGGAGCAUCAUCCACAGCGAAUCAUCAUUUUAUAAGGAGGCUACCAUACAAACCGUUACAAUAGGGGCCAAAUAGCCUACAACAUUUCCCCGUAUCUGGGCUGAGAGUAUUUUUCCUAUAUCCACCUCCCCAGUGGAUUUUUAAGGGCAGCCUGGAAUACCACGACUGGUUGUGCUUUGGGGGGGACCAUUUUUGACGUUUGAGUCGUGAGGUUUGACGCCACGGAGAGAAGAUGUCGGGGCAGACGCUGACGGACCGCAUUGCCGCGGCGCAAUACAGCUUGACGGGAUCCGAGGUUGCUCGAGCUGUCUGCAAAGCCACCACUCAUGAGCAGACAGCACCCAAGAAAAAACACCUGGAAUACCUGAUUGAGGCCACCAAGGAGUCCAAUGUGAACAUCCCACAGAUGGCGGACACGUUGUUUGAGAGGGCCACCAAUGCCAGCUGGGUGGUGGUGUUCAAGGCCCUGAUCACAACGCAUCACAUGAUGGUCGCUGGCAAUGAGAGGUUCCUCCAGUUCCUUGCCUCCAGGAACACCCUCUUCAACCUCAGUAACUUUCUGGACAAAACUGGCUCCCAUGGCUAUGACAUGUCCACGUUUAUCAGACGCUACAGCCGGUACCUCAACGAGAAGGCGUUCGCCUACAGACAGAUGUCCUUCGACUUUGGCAGAGUGAAGAAGGGAGCUGAGGGGGUGAUGAGGACGAUGCCUGUAGAGAAGCUGUUGAAAGGAAUGCCCACUCUGCAGAGCCAGAUAGACGCCCUGCUGGAGUUUGAUGUCCAUCCCAAUGAACUGACCAAUGGGGUGAUCAAUGCGUGCUUCCUCCUGAUGUUCAAAGACCUGAUCAAGUUAUAUGCCUGCUACAACGACGGGAUCAUCAAUCUAUUAGAGAAAUUUUUCCAGAUGAAGAGAGGACAGUGCAAAGACGGGCUGGAGAUCUACAAGAGAUUCUUGACACGGAUGACCAGGGUUUCUGAGGUCUUCAAAAUCGCUGAGACCAUGGGAAUUGACAAAAAUGAUAUCCCCGAGCUCACUCAGGCCCCUGAGAGUCUCCUGCAGUCUCUGGAGACUCACCUGAACACUCUGGAGGGGAAGAAGCCAGAGGAUGUUCACAAAGAGGAUGUGUCACCGACCAAGGAGUCUGAAGCCAAUGGCUCCCCGGCCGCAGCCGCCACGCCUACGAAAGCUCCAGCGGCCCCUACAGCUGCUGCUGCUCCAGUCGCUCCUGCCCGCCCUGGACCACCUGCCAGACCCACAGCGGCACCCACCUUCAAGAGCUCCAACAAUGCUCUGCUAGACUUGGACCCAUUGUCAGCCUCCCCAUCAGCAGGUGGACCAGCAGCCUCUGUCUCUUCAUGGGGAGAUCUACUUGGUGGCGGCUUAGAUACCCCCGCUGAUCCUACUAGUGCCUCUGAGCCUGCCGCUGCUGCUGCUGAUGCUGCCGCCACCCCGGCUGCCACGCCCACGGCGGCCCAUACGGAUGGCCCCGCCGCGCCCUCUGCGGCCCCCGUGGUGGGGCUGCCCGUGCCCGCCUCCGCCUCAGACAUGGAUCUGUUCGGAGACGCGUUUGCACCCUCCCCAGGUGACGGCCCGCCCAGCAGGGCGCCUGCUGCUGAUGCAUGUGCCGGAUCUGACCCCUUCGCUCCAUCGGAGGGUAGUGCGAACAUGGCUCCAGAGAUGGACUUCUUUGCUAUGAAGUUCGAUAACACGCUGGCUGCCCCAGAAACAGCCAGCCCCACCUCUAGCGCAGUACCCAUCAUUGUCGACCUCAUCGAGCCCCCUGCUGCCGCCCCGGCUCCCUCCACUACCACCACCACUGAGUCUGCAGCUGCCCCCGCCCCUGCCAUCCCCACUCUAGACCUCUUUGGUGAUUCUAUGUUUGAUUCAAUGCCUGAGAAAAGCCCUACCGCAGGAAAAGCUGAUGCUGCUGUUACUCCUAGCGUAGACCUAUUUGGGGCAGAUCUCCCUACUAUCUCUCGCGGGCCCUCUCCUUUGCCUCCCGAGGCCAAUGCUGAUGAAGACCUCUUGUCUGGUGUGACUGAUGCAUUCUCUGCUAUGGCUCCAGCACCAGCUGUGGCUCCAGCUCCAGCUCAAGCCCCGGCUCCAGCACCUGCCCCUGCAACGGUUUCUCCUCCCAAACCUGAGCCGCCUGCACCUGCACCUGUCAUUGACCUGCUGGACACAUUCAGUAGUCCUGCUCUGUUGGACGCUACGCCCGCUGCCCCCGGGGGACCAGGAGAUGAUCUGUUGGGUGGACUGAUGUCUCCUAGCCUGGCUCCCACGGCGGCCCCUGCUCCUCUGGCCCCCGCUCUGGCCCCGGCCCUCGCCCCUACCCUGGCUCCUGUCUCAGCCCAGAAUGACUUGCUAGAGGGCGGCUUCGACACCCUCGGCUCCCUGCCCCCACUAAUGCCCGCCAUCCCAGCAGCUGCAGAUACAGCGCCGGCCGCAGCAGCACCCUCUGGUGGCUUUGAUGCAUCAGUGUUUGGUGGAUUAGGGGACCUACUGAUGCCAGCCAUAACACCCCAGUCCACUGGGGGCAGUGUGGGCAGCACUGGCAGUGGUGGGGGGAGUACCAAGGUGACGCCCGCGGUCGGGGGUGUCAUGGCAGGCGCCCCAGCUAUUAAACGGCCAUCCAUCGGGGGCGACUUGGACUCCUCACUCGCAAACCUGAUUGGAGAUCUGGGGAUUCAGAAAAAGGAUCAUCAGUGGAAUGAGAAGAAGCUGACAGGAGGAUCUAACUGGACCCCCCAGGUAGCCCCUCCCAGCUGGGGAGCCCCUGGACCUAUGAUGGGUGGCCCCGCCCCUGGAGCCCCCGGUGCCCCUGGAGCCAUGCCUCCGCCCAUGGGAGCACAGCCUGGCUUUGGCAUGGCCACAGCAGCUGGAUCUGGAGCUCCCAUGAUGCCUACCAUGAUGAUGGGACAGCCAAUGAUGGGUCAACCCAUGAGACCACCCCGGCCAGGAGCCGCAGCACCAGGGGCACCGCUGUCUCCAGGACCUGCUGCCACCCAGAGCAAAAAGCCCAAGGACCCACUGGCAGACCUCAACCUCAAGGACUUAAUGUGAUCCCCCAGCCCAGCUCUUGUUUUUCUGGAGCUGGGCCCUCUGGCCGCCUGUCCUAUUCUGGCGUUCUGUACAUCCCGGGACACCAGAGACCCUCCUCAGCUACUCACCCAUAGAAGACCCCCUUCCUCCACCCCAGCCCCCUGUGUAAUGUUGUAGCACAAACUGUGAAAGUGAAACCUUAGUGAGAAAAAAACAAGUGUGUGCUUAACUAGAUGUAACCCUUUGUCUAAACAAAACCACACAAAACCAACAAAAAAAAGGUCUAUAAAAGCAAGCCAGAAAACUGAGCAGAAGCUGAAGGCGUAUGUGCUUAUGUAUUUAGAUAAUUUUUUCCAGUAGUGUUGGCGUGUUGAGUUGAAUGAUGGAUGCGUGUUUGUUUGAUGCCCUCAGCUCCACCUUCGGCCGUGCACUGGCCUUCUGAUCACUCUAGAGGGGGAGGGGCUUCCACCCUGCCUCACCCUGAUUGGAUAAGAGGGGUAAGCAAAGCAGGCCCGUAAGUUUUGGAUGAAACGUGCAAUGUGUCGUUGGCAGAAGUUCUUCUUCGUUGGUGUAUAUUCAUUUCACUGGCAAAUCUCUAAGGAUUUUGUCUCUACUCUAUAUGUCUGUGGAAGAGCAUAUUGAUGUGAAUCUGAUAUCAAAUUGUAAGAAGUCAUGUGACCAUUAUCUUAUUUCCGUCAUCUUUUGAACGUAUUUAGAAACAAAUAUGAUAUGAACAUAUGAUUAAUAUGAAUAAGAAACAUGUACGGGCUCCUGAAUCCUAAAUGACCAUCCAAUGAUUUUUUUAUGAUGUUCAGUAUAUUUAUUCAUUUUUUUAGUCAUCACUUAUUUUUCUAUUCAUUUUUUUAGAUUUUGCGUGUCAUGUCCAGCUUUAUUUGUACUUUCUCUCUCUGUUGACAUUGUUUGUGAAUCUGCUGUAAAACACUGUCGGAUAUUUUUUAUCAACAGAUCAUAUCUUACCGCUUAUUUUCAGAGAAAAUGUGUUUAUAUUUUAGUUAUUCCUAUUCAAGAUAAAGGUCAAACAGCGCAUAUCAGGAGCCAAAUCUUGCCAGUAUCUCAUAUCUCAAUACAGAGGAGAACAGUCUUUUGUUAAACCACUAAAACAAGUUCUGUACAGUUAGUCUACUUCCUGGUAUCACUUGCACACUCCCUAUGGACCUAUCACUGUCCUCAUCAGUGGUCUGUUGUUUGAUUUUCAUAAUUGCUCGUACUUUAUUAUCAUUAUUACUAUGACUAGACCACGGUUGGUACUGUAUAUGUAGUGUUAUUUUUGUAUUUGAGAAGAAACAGAAACAUCCUUAUCUCCCUAUUCCCCCACCCCAGAUGUUGCUACAUGUUUCUGUUCCGUUUCCUCCCCCCUUGUUAGAGAAUCAGUAAUAUUGUACAUGGUAACAUGGGCGGAGAGGAGAGCCUGUGUAUACCCAGUCAGAAGAGGACACUGUUGAGCAGCUGUUUAGAACCAGUGAAACCAGUCCUGUGCUGUACACCCCCCAGAUAUAACGGAUACUGUGUUGUGUCAUUGCAAGACUGUUUUGACAAUUGUUGUGAGAAACAAUAUGGAUUACAAAAAUGGGAAAACAUACUGUUUUUCAUUAUUGAGUUCAAUUUUUUCAAUAUUUUAUUAUUAUUAUUAUUAUUAUUUACAAUGCCCCUCCCCAGUGCAUGUAAGCCCUUUGAGAUGCAAUAAACUCAAUGAUGGAAAGAAUAACCCA